AUGACCAUCAGCGAGACACUUCGACCUCUGGACACCGAAAUUGUCCGACAAAGAUUCCCUGGCCUUCGAAAGAACGCAGUAUGCCUCAACAAUGGCUCAGGUGCUCUGGUCUUCGACGGUGUGAUUGAGAGCAUAGCUCGCACUAUGUCUGAUCCGCACAUGAAUCUGCGGGGGCUGGACUCCAAGAGCAAAGUCGACGUUGAGGCACGGAAGAACAACUACGCCAGUCUUUGUUCCUUCAUGAACGCAGAUCCGGAUGAGAUAGGGGAGUGUCCGUCAUGCUAUCCAAAUCCGCGCAUCCUAACGAACUAUCUUGCAGCGUUUGGCAUGUCCACGACUGGUCUAUUGCGCACCUUAACGAACUCUCUACGCCCACAUCUGAACACAGACUCCGAAAUGAUUGUUUCACUGCUUUGCCAUGAAGCAGGCAUGACCGCCUGGGUUGCUCUCGCCGACGGACUGGGUAUAUCGAUAAAGUGGUGGACGCCGGCUGGUGGAAUUGGUUCCAACCACAAUCCGAGCCUAACUGUUGACUCACUCCGUCCCUUGCUAUCGCCCAGAACUCGGCUUGUAUGCUGUGGCCAUGUCUCGAACAUAACUGGAACGAUUGAACCUAUCAAAGAGCUCGCAGAGCUCGUCCACACCAUCCCCGAGGCACUGAUAUGUGUCGAUGGGGUGGCUUGGGCGCCUCAUCGGCCCAUCGAUGUCAAGUACUUGAAUGUCGACUUCUACGUCUUUAGCUGGUACAAAGUGUUCGGUCCUCACAUCGCACAAAUCUAUGCUCGACGAAGGGUACAGCAACGGUAUCUAACCAGUCUGAAUCACUACUUCUUCGAGCCCUCAGCGCUUCAUGUUAGGCUCGGGCUCGGAAAUAGCUGCCUUGAAUUGGAACACAGCCUGGUUCCCUUGGUCAACUACCUUGGUAGAGAGGUCCGUUGGAGCGCGAUUAUCGCUCACGAGGAACUUAUUACUGAGUAUUUACUGGCCUACCUCACAGGGAACCCCGAUCUCUACACAGUGUACGGAUCGCAGACGGCAGAUUCAACAAAGCGCGUUUCGCUUAUCAGCUUCUCAGUGCAUGGCAUUGCAUCCGACCGAGUUGCGAAGGAAAUCCACGAAACAUCAGAGUGCCGAGUGAUUAGCGGUGAUUGUUGGUCGCCACGGACAGUACACGAUGUACUCGGCCUGCCCGAUCACGGAGUCCUACGAGUCAGUCUGGUCCAUUACAAUACAAUAGAGGAGAUUGAAGUGUUCAAGCAGGUCCUUCACAGAUCUGUACUUAAGCUCCAGAAGGGCGAGACAUGA